CAGUCUGCACAGAUGCAUGCUUGGAAUUCUAGCUGCCGACUUUCCCCCCUCAAAGACCCCAUCGUUUUGGAGACCGUGGAGGAAGAACCCGAACUGGCUACCAGAGUGAACAGACACCCCAACAUGAAGCCUGGCAGCUAACUCUGCAAAAUGUGUUUUUAAACCGGAGACAGCAGCGACAGCCCAGGGUUGUCAAACAACAAGCAUCAUUCAGUGUCAGCCAGAGGUAGCAGCUGCUGGAGCUCACAGUCGUCUCGUCCGUGCUUCUCUGGAGCCUGGUAAUUCCUGCUUCGGCCACAAGAUAGCUUCUACUGGUGUCAACAAUGUCCACAGAAUCCCUGCCUGAACGCUCAGUCUACAGUUGUGAUUUGGGGUUAGAUGUCUUGAAACCAAAGCAUCUUCCCAAAACCCCCUGACUGUCGGGGUGUCGGGGUGUCAGCGUCUUUCUGGUUCAACUUCCUGGCAUCUGGUGUUGUUCAACACAUUCUCACCUCUUAGGAGGAACAGGAUGCACGGUGGUUAGAGACACCUCUUUGACUAUAGGAGUAGUGCUCAAGCACAGUCCCUGUUGGAGCUUACUAGAGCGAGGAGUUCAAUCUGUACCAGCACUGGGAAUUCUUUUUAGCGGACUUUAACCUCCGACCUCUCUGUGACGGCAGAAAACAGAAUUUCCCUGCACAAUUCAACAAACUGUCACACUCCUCAAUUAAGGACAAGACUGUCAGCCUCUAGACCAGGCCUCACUAGCUCCCCCUCCCCUUCACCACCCCUAGUACCAUGCUGGGUGGCCUCCUGCGGAGGAACAUGUCCCAGAAGCUGAGCGUGCUGCUGCUGGUAUUCGGCCUGGCGUGGGGACUUAUGCUGCUGCGCUACACCGUGCAGCAGCCUCGACAUCAGAGCAGCGCCGAGCUACGUGAGCAGAUCCUUGAGCUCAGUCGGCGAUAUGUCAAGGUCCUGACAGAGGAAAACCAGAACGCCCCAGGUGGGCCACAGGGAACCUCCAUGGCUGGUUAUGCUGAUCUGAAGAGGACUAUAGCUGUGUUGCUGGACGACAUCCUGACGAGGCUGGUCAAACUGGAGGGGAAAAUCGAAUCGGUGGUCAACGCCUCCUCCACUAACACUUCCCACACAGCAGGGGGUGUCCUUGCCUCUAGCCACCCAGGGACGUCCCGCCUUCACCCACACAUGCCUAAUAAUAGGCCUCGACCGCAUCAAGGAGCAUAGCUUUUGAUGGAUAUGUAGAGUUUUUGGUUUUAGCACAUCACACUUUUUUCCAGCAUUUAUCGCUGAUGGAACAACAUCAGACAAAUGAAAAGCAAUAGGGAGAUAUAUGGACAUCCAAAAACUUAAAAUUCAGGAUGCAUCUCGGAAAUGUUCAGCCAGCUCAGACUGGGAAGAGAGAUGACUUUUUCAUGCUCUGUCCUGUCAUAUGCUAAUAUUUAUUGAUUUUUUUUCUUUUUUUUACCAAGACUAUUCAGUGCAUUUUUAUAUUUCAUUGCUGAUUUUAUUUGGCUAAAGUUUUAGCAUUUUUUAUGAUGCCAUACUCGAAUCUUGUGACUGUUAAAGCAAACGCAAAGAGUGAAAUUGAAUCUCAUAUUCUUUAUCAUAAAAAUGGCUCAAAAUGCUCCUGUGUCUACAUUGUAAAAAAGAUUUAUCAGCACUGCUUCAACAUAUCAAAAUGCUGAACUAAACAGUACAGUCCUGAUAGUUAGGAAUGGCAACAUUUCAGUUUUUUGCUGGUGCAGUUGCUAAAUGCUGUAUGAAGAACAUUCUUCUUUUAGCUUACACAUGUAGUGAUUUUAAGGAUAAGUAACUUGUACACUUCACCUGUAAGAGAUAAUCCAAAGAAUGUUAUUUGCACUCCAUCUGAAGGCAGUAUAAAUGUGUAUUUAGAGUUGCUGCGAGACAAUUUGGGGUUUAUGCAGAAUAUGAUGAGACGGUGCCUAUUUGCCACUGUAAACAUGAGUGUGUGUGUGAUUUGUCUCAGUUGUGAUCCAAUGGUUCCCUUGCCCGGUGUUGAGACACGUUUUAAUUUAGAUGUGGAACAGACUGAAUGUACUGUGUGGUCAGUAUUUAGCCCUGUAGUGCUGUUAAAAUGACUGACCUACUGCUUACACAUGUUCAGGGUUCAUGUUGCACUGUGACUCUAUAGAGAUUUUCUAAAAAUACUGGGCUCAUCCAACUUUGACUUAAGGGAUAUUUAAGGAUCUGAAACAUUCAUUCUUCCAGCCUGCCUGCUGGUCCUGGGUAUGGUUUCUAUAAUACUGAGAAGCUCUGGCAAAUUACCUCACCCUGUCCUGCCCAGAGGAAGAAAAUCUUUAAUUUGCUCAUCAGGAUGCUCAUUAAUAUGAUGACUUUGUCCUGCCAAAAAAAAUGGCAAUACUGUUAUCAAUACUACUUGGAGGUUGUAUGAGACAAAGUCAAUGUGGGUGGAAAGCUAAAAUAUGAGAGGAAAAAUGUGAUUCAAACAUAAACUAGUAGUCAUAAUUGCUCAUUUACUUUGCUUCAUAAUGUUGCUGACAUAUUACAGACUCAACUGUAUGUUGAAGAGGCUAGACUGAAUAUACAGAACUGUGGUUUGACUGUGUUUACAGUGAGUGAUACCAUAAAUGUAAUGUACUUCAUAUUGCUGAAGUAGAAAAGAUGGUGAGUCAGUCAGCUGCUGUGAGCUUUACUAAUAAAUUGACCUCAUGGAAAAAUUA